AUGAGUGAAUCAUCGGAUCGACAUUCGUAUCAGGCAAUAUUUCAGUUGUGCACUGAAUCAAAUCAAGACCGAGUUGGCAUCUCAUUGCUCAAGGAUCCCAUACUAUGGGAUACUGACCUUGUAGUCAAUGAAACACAAAAUUACAAAGCACAUAUAGCCAUUUUAUCAGUUCACUCUGGUUAUUUUAAGACUUUGUUCGAGAAAGAAAAUCUGAACACUCGAACCGAAAUACAUAUAGAAGUUAAUGAUUUGUCUAGUUUUGAUAUUGCAUUUAAAUUUCUAUAUACAGGUAGAAUACCGAACUCUCUUCAACACAAACAAUUGAAGUUAUUAUUUGGCAUUGCUAACACAUAUAAAAUUCAAACACUUGUUGAAAUUAUACAGAAAAGUCUUAGUAGUCCGAAUAUAGAUGCUAAUAAAUGUUUACUAGUGUUAUCGAUGGAAAAUGAAUUACAGCGAAGUUAUUCAGGAAUGUGUUCAUCGGCUAUUACAAUAGCAGCCGAAAACUUUAGAUAUAUGUGUCAUCAAGAUGGAUUCUUGAAUUUAAAUUAUAAUACUAUUCAAGACAUUAUUUGCCAUUCCAACUUUCGAGUACCGAACAAGAAAAUGCCUAGUAUGGCUUUACAUCGAUGGCUCGAAGCCAAUAAGGAAACUAUUCCUGAUUUGUCAAAAUCCAUUAUGACAUUAAACCAGUAUAGACAUCCAAGAAAUAGUACUUCUCUUUUUUCAUCAAUUGUAUGCUAUUUUGCUGAUGGUAGCACCAGAUAUACCAAUAUGACAAUAAACGCAAUUAAUUCGUUUCUAAGGUCGACCCCAGAAGUAAUGGUUGGUCUCUUGGUAAAAAAUGAUGAUACUCGCGAUAAGGUUAUGUCUGCUAUUGCUGAAAGUUACCAUUAUCGUAUUGUAUCUAAAUAUAUUUCUAAGAAAGCACAUUUCAAGGACUGGAAUCCGACACAAUAUAAAUUAGAUAUUCUUAUGUUUCUUGACCAUGGUUUUGAGGAAAUUUACUGGAUGGAUUCAGAUACAAUUGUUUACGAAGAUUUGAGACCGUAUUUAGAAGCAUUUCGAUGUUCUAGUCAAUUAUUUUAUUUCGUUCUUGAUCAUGUGAUGUACGAUUCAUUGUUUGUCACUAGAUGGAAACGGCAACAUCAAGAUACGUUUAUACCACAAGCAUGUUUCAUGGGUUUUAAGUCAUCAUGUAUGAGGGCAUUCUUCGCCCUAUGGAAAAGUGCAUGGAAACUCUGGAUUGAGCCAAAACCAUUUACAAUGUAUCAAGAUCCAAAUCCAGAAUUCGAGGGAUCAGGCUUUUGCAUUGAGCAAUAUGCGCUGGGUAAUGCAAUAUCCGACUUCAUAGAACAAGAAGGGUUUUCACGUCAAAAUACCUAUGGUUAUCAACAGCUAAUAUUGCCAAUUGAACGAAAAUUGAUUUGGAUUAAAACAAAUGAACGAAUGCAAUCAUUUUAUCCUUCGUCUAAGUUACAAUCUAUGCUCAAGACUAGUACUUCUGUCUUUACUUCAAGGUCGGUUAUGAAUGGUAUUCAAAAGAAUUUAUCAAGUCUUAUUUGUCUCGCUAACGAAGACUUAGCUGAUUAA